AUGAUUAACAAACAUGUUGAACGUGCCAAUAGAGUAAUUACAGUAUUAUUUUAUUUGGGUUCCACUUUAUUAUUUAUAUUACUUAUCCUAUCAGGCUCAAUAAACCAUUUCCCAAUCAACAAGUUUUAUUGGUUAUCAGCAAAUACUUCAAACAUUCCAGGAGCCCCAUAUGAUAUCUCUAGAUGGACGUUUUGGGGGUUAUGUGCUGAGAAAAAUGAUAAAAAUGUUUGUUCAAACUAUCUAUCACCAGCCUACCCUAUCUCUCCAAAGGAUAAUUUUGAUACCACUACAAACUUACCACCUUCAUUUGUAAGCAACAGAUCAACUUAUUUUUAUUUGACUAGAUUUGAUUUUGUAUUUUUCUGGCUAGGUUUGAUUUUCACCGGUGUCAACACUAUUUUAUACAUUUUCACCUUUUGCUCGUAUUCUUUUACUAAGGUUGUUUGGUUUUUACAAAUUUUGGCCUCUGUCUUCACCAUAUCAGCAGUUUGUAUGCAAACCGCUGCUGUUGCUAUGGCCAAAAAUGCUUUCAAAAAUUAUGGAGAUGAUGUCUCUAUCGGUCCUGCUUUAAUGGGUAUUUCAUGGGCCAUUCUAUUUUUAACUAUUUGUUUGUUUUUCAUGACAGGCGGUACAUUUAUUAAAAAAGGAUACAAACACCACCAAAACUAUGUAGAGAUGUCUAAAUAUAAGGAAGAUGCGUUAAAGUACCAACAGUAUAUGAAUUCAACAAAACCAAUAAAUACUGAUAACGCUAGUAAUCCUACGGACCCUUAUAGCUUGCCAAGCACCUACGAUGAAGGUUAUCAACAACAAAAUGCUGAAAAACAACAACAACAACAACCUGUUGAUAUUAUCCAAAAAUCUGCUGGUGUUAUUCAACAAAAUCCAAAAAGUAGUGUAAAGUUUUUUCACUUUAAAAAAACUAAAAAAAUUCCCCAUAAUGAUGACGGAUCUGUGUAA